AUGGCCACGGUCAUGGCUGACGGCCAGACCCCAGCCGAGUUGGACGAGGAGCUGACGGUCCAAAGAGUCAUCUUAGAGUCCCUCGCGGACCAGACGUUUGAGGGAGUCGAGGAGUCGAGGAGAGAGGCUGCCAAGGAGAUUGAGCGCCUGAAGGCAAUCAUCGGCCAGUCGAAACAGUCUCAGGCACCAGCGCAACAUGGCGAUGUCUCUGGAGAGCUACCUCCCGCGGGAACUUCGCGAUCCCUGGUCUCGUCCCAGGAUGUCGAAAUAGUCGAUCUGACAGGGUCCGACGUCGAGGAUGAUGCAACAUACAUUGCUGAGCAAAUCAAGGCCGAAAACAGGGCCAAGCAGGAGUUGCGGGACAGGCAACUUGCUCAGCAGCUGUCCCAGGAAUCACCAGCUGGCCCUUCGUCGCGGCUCCCUUCGAACCCUGAAGGCCAAAACCCGCUGUCGAGGCUGAUGGCCACCCAGCGGGCAAACUCACGAGGACUAUCUGGGCCGUCAGAUUCUAUGGCUGGAAUCAGUAGCCAUGGCUUUGGACGGCCUGGCUCAGAGACCACGAUGAACAUGCCAGGGGCAUAUGAUCCGAGCUGGGACACACCAUAUGGCUUUCCAGCGACAGCAUCGCCUGCUCCUGGUCCACCUUUCGCACCGUCCCGCGCCUAUGGCUCGGGCCUGAACCAUGGCCUUGGGCCACACACAAUGCCCACGUUUCUGGGUGCACCUCAAGCGGGGAACUUGGGCCUUGGAAGGGUAGCGAGCCUGCCAUCCAUUGGAGAUCAAAACUUGAUGGACAUCAUCAAUCGCACGAGCCACUUCAACUACUCGACAUACUCGGACGAGAAUGGCCAACAAUUCCCCGAUAGACUCACUAGCUAUCUGUCCGAGGCGUACCACGACCCAAGGGUCACUGAGAAGGAGCUGGAUGACCUGCUUCAGAACAUUCGACCAGAUAUGGAUAUCCCCGAACGCAAUCGCAAUGGGACCCCGACUGGGCUUAGAGGGGCACUCUAUCUGCAUCAAGAGCUCGCCCUGUCGUGGAUGAAGAAGAUGGAAGACGGCUCCAACAAGGGAGGCAUUCUUGCCGACGACAUGGGCCUCGGCAAGACCAUCUCAACAUUGGCCCUCAUGCUGGACCGCCCGCAGACGAAGCGGCCCAAAACAAACCUUAUCAUUGGCCCUUUAUCCCUGAUUCGCCAAUGGGAAGAUGAACUAAAGACCAAGACCAGACCCGCGUACCGGAUGUCUGUCUUUGUCUACCACAAGUCCAAGAACGUCAGUUGCGAUGAUUUGCAACGCUACGACGUGGUGCUCACCACUUACGGGAUUAUUGCUGCCGAGUGGAAGCGGCUCCACAAGUUCCUGGAAGAGAAUCGCGACAGGACCAUCGACUUCAACGACCGCGCGAGCUCAACCAAUUUCCCGUUGCUGCACCCUCAGAAAGCAGAGUUCUACAGAGUCAUCCUCGACGAGGCGCAGCACAUCAAGAACGAGAAGACUAAGACGGCAAAAGCGUGUCACAGUAUCAAAGCGACGUACAGGUGGUGCCUCACAGGCACGCCGAUGAUGAACGGUGUGGUCGAGUUGUAUUCGUUGGUGAAGUUUCUCAAGAUCAAACCCUAUUGCCACUGGGAUAGGUUUCGAGAGUCCUUCGGAACACUUUGGGGGAAGCAGGGUGUUAAGAAGUCUGUCGCCAUGGAGAGGCUGCGGGCCCUGCUCAGAGCCAUCAUGCUACGACGCAAAAAGGACUCUGAGCUGGAAGGGAAACCGAUCCUCAACUUACCCGACAAGUCCGAGGAAGUCGUGCACGCGGAUCUUUGCGAAGACGAGCGGCAUUUCUACAAGCAGCUGGAGGAGAAGUCUCAGGUGCAGUUCAGCAAGUAUCUUCGCGAUGGAUCUGUCGGCAAGAACUAUUCCAACAUUCUUGUCCUCCUUCUUCGCAUGCGCCAAGCUUGCUGCCACCCGCACUUGAACCUUGACGUCGACGACGCCGCCCCACUCAGCGCCAACUCCGAGGACAUGUUGGAUCGGGUCAAGAGUCUCGAGAGGCCGGUCGUCGAAAGGAUCAAGGCCUUGGAGGCGUUUGAGUGCCCCAUAUGCUUCGACGCCGUCCAGUCUCCUUCAUUCUUCGUCCCAUGCGGCCACGACAGCUGCCAAGACUGCCUCACUCGGCUGGUGGACAACGCCCUGUCCAUGCAUGUUCGGUCGGGUGAGGGUUCGAGCGAGGCCAGUUGCCCCGUCUGUCGUGGCUCAUUUGACCCGAAGAAAUGUUUUUCUUACGACGCAUUUCGGACCGUUCACAUGCCAGAAACGAUCGUCAAGUCACAGUCGGACCCGGAAGACUCUGACAGUGGGGAUGACGAUUCGGACUCGGAUAACGAAUCCGACGCCGACGACGUUGACAGCAAAGGUAACCUUAAGGGCUUCGUUGUUGAUGACGAACUUCACGAAGAGGAUGACAUGGCGGCCUGUGCGGCCGGCGGUGGCUCUGCGGAUGCCCCUGUGAAGCAGAAGAGGAAGAAGAAGAAAGGAAAGAAGAAGGAGGAUGAGGUGAAACCGUCGAUGCUGAAGAGCCUCCGUAUCGAGGCUGGAAAAAACCAGGCGGCCUACAAAAAGUACAUGCGGUACUUGCGCAAGACCUGGAUGCCGUCGGCUAAAGUUACUGCAUGCAUGGAGCUUCUUGAGAAGAUCAAGGCCAGCAAGGAGAAAGCCAUCGUCUUUUCUCAGUGGACGCUGCUUCUGGACUUGCUUGAGGUAGCCAUGACGCAGGACAAGUCAGGGCCGAAGCCUUUACGCUACGACGGCAGCAUGUCCGGCGACCAGCGCGCACAGGCAGCACGGGAUUUUACGAAGAAGCCGGAGGCAACGGUCAUGCUCGUCUCCCUCCGCGCCGGCAACGCGGGCCUCAACCUAACCGCGGCCAACAACGUCAUCAUCAUGGACCCGUUUUGGAACCCUUACAUCGAGAUGCAGGCCGUUGAUCGCGCCCACCGCAUCGGGCAGACCAAGGACGUCAAGGUGCACCGCAUCCUCACCCAGGAGACGGUCGAGGACCGCAUCAUGGAGCUACAGGAGCGCAAGAAGGCGAUUGUCGAGGCGGCUCUUGACGAGACGGAGAGCAUGAAGAUUGGCCGUCUGAACGUGAACGAGCUCAAGUUUCUCUUCAACGGAAGAGACUAG